ACAGAGCAGGCAGCAGUUGAUCCAAGGCGCACGCGCUGAUUUCUAUUCAUUGUCCCAACAUUUACCCCCUCAUCACUCACGAGGACCUAAACCAGCUCUUGUUGUGCCUUUACAUUUGAUUCGGAGAGAGGUUUCCUUCAGGUUUUGACUGCACCUGCUCCACCGCUCCGGUCCGGUCCAUCCACCUCCUCCCGCCGGCCUCUGGAAGAGCGCUGCCCCGCUGAACGCGCCAUGGGAUACGGGAGAACCGCCGCUGCUGCCUCCGUCUACAUCUGAAGCCUCUGUGGAUUUAUAAAGCGCGUUUUAAAGGACAAACUUCGGUUUCGUUAGUCUCACUUUAACCUGUCCUCCGGAACUAUAUUUCCUCCGCAGGAACUUUUUUUCCCUCAACAUUUUGAACCCAAGCUUUGGGUUUUAUUGAAGCUGAACAGAAUGAGCUCCUUCAGCUCCUUCAAGGUGCUCAUCUUCUGCUGUUUGUCUCUCACAACCGCUGGACCUUCGGAGAGACACCCCAGGAUUGUGCCCUCUGGGAAUCCUCUAAUUCUUCAUAAGGGGGAUGUUCUGAACCUUACUUGCAAAGGUCAAAGAAGCUUGUCCUGGACCUUUGGGAACACAUCGGUGGGGGUGGAGGAGCGCUGUGAAUCCAAACGUCACUCUCACUGCAUCAAACUUACAGUCAAAAACUUGACGGCCCACAACACCGGGAGGUACUUCUGCAAAUUUGACAAAGAUGGUUCAAACCGGAACUCCUCCAUUUAUGUCUAUGUCAAAGACCCAGAGCAGCCUUUUAUUGAGCCCCGUGAAGCUGACCCUGAAAUUUUGAUGAUCUACGAGAACGAGACCAGCCUCGUGGUGCCAUGCCGAACAUCCUCACCUGAUGCUGUUGUGACAUUGAAAGUGGAGAACAAGCCUCUGCCAGCGGAGGUCGAUAAAGAGAAGAAGUGGGAUCCAGAGGUGGGCGUAAAGAUUCCGUAUAGCCACAACAUUAUGUAUAAAAUGCUCACCUGCACCACCGAGGUGAAUGGGAGCCAUUUCUAUUCAAAUUACAUGUUUCGCAGCAAAACUUCGUAUCUUAAAAAUGUGAAGCUCACCUCUGACCAUGUCAAACUGCUGGCUGGGGACACUCUUAGCCUAAACUGCAGCGGUGAGACCGGCCGUAAUGAGAGAAUAAUCUUUAGCUGGGAUUUUCCAAGACUGGAAGAAAAAGGGAAUUACAAACUCAAGUCUCAUCUGGAACGUAGUAACGUUAAUUUUAUGAGCAAGGUGCUGACGUUACCACAUGUUACCAUGAAUGAUAAUGGAGUUUACCACUGCAAAGCUGAAGAAAACCCAUCUGGUGUACAAAAAAAUGUUUCAGUAAAAAUCACUGUCUUUGAACAUCCUAUCCUCAACCUUUCCUAUAAGGAUGAUCGUUCCUCAGAAGUAACAGUCGAAGAUGGAAGAAAGAAAGUCGUGUUUGAGCCGAGGGUCUUUGCUCUGCCACAACCACACAUAAAAGCAUGGUAUAAAGAUGGCAUCAUCAUUACGAACUCCAGUUGUUACAAGAUGUUCGGUAACAGUUUGGCCAUCAACUAUGUGGAGCAGAAACAUGCCGGCGUCUACACUCUGAGACUGGGCAACAAGGGCCUGGAGAGGAACCUGAGCUACACUCUGGUCGUUAAUGUGAAGCCGACCAUCUCGGAGGCAGAGCUCUCCACCGUGGACUUGCAGCCCUACAUGUCUGGAAAGCAGCAGCGUCUGACCUGCUCCUCUUACGGAAACCCGUUGCCAAACAUCACUUGGUUCUGGAAGCCGUGUGCCUCAGAUCUAAGGCUUAUAGAUUGCCACAGUAACAGUGAGAAUGUCCUGGUCAAAACUAAUUACCAGGGAAACGACUCCCACAACUGGAUUGAGAGCAUAAUAGCCACGACUGAACAGGUCAAAGGGAAAAACAAGACGGUGGGUACCUUGGUGAUCGGAGAAGCUAGUGUGUCUGGAUUCUACACCUGCAAGGCCCAGAAUGAAAAGGGCUUCAGCACACUGACAAUGCCUUUCUACGUUAGCAAUGCCUCCGAGGAAGUCUCCAUCAAACCUCAAACAGCCGUGGAGGGCGAUGACGUGACCCUGACGUGUCAAGCAACGCGUUACCUCUACACAAGCCUGCAGUGGCUGGACUCCAGGAAUCAAACCAUCACCGUCAACGUGUCCGACAUGCAGAUCGGCCCCUACUCCAUCUCCCGCUCUUUACAUCUGCACAAUGUGUCCCAAAACAACACCACAGGCUACAAGUGCCGAGCAUGCAAGCUUCACGAGAGGAGUAAGAUGAAGACAGCUAUGCUAACAGUGAAUGAGAAAAAGCGACCAUGGAUCAGUCAUAAUCUGACCAAUCAAGACGUGAACAGCAGUUGCACCCUGGUGAUGGCGUGCAACGCUUCAGGAGUUCCUCAUCCUUACAUCACGUGGUUCAAAAACGGUGUGAAAGUGGAACAGAGUCCAGGAGUCACUCUGGAGAAAGACGGGAGUCUGGUCAUUGAAAGGGUGAAGAAAGAUGACGAGGGUCUGUACGAGUGCGUGGCCCAAAACGUUGAGGGGUUUGCAAAAACCAGUGCUGUCAUCACCGUGUUCGGAGAUGAGGGGAAGCCAAAUAUCGAGGUCAUCAUUUUGGUGUGCACUGGAGCUGCUGCCACUUUCCUCUGGAUCAUGCUCAUCAUGUGCAUUCGGAAGCUCAGGAAGCAACCAGCACACUACAAGAUGGGUCCGUCUAUCAUCAUUGAUCCAGAUGAGUAUCCUCUGGAGGAGCAGAACGACCUGCUUCAGUACGACAGCAGCAAGUGGGAGUUUCCCCGGGAUCGCCUGCGCCUCGGUAAAACUCUCGGCCACGGAGCUUUCGGAAAAGUGGUGGAGGCCUCCGCCUUCGGGAUCGACAAGUUCUCGACCUGCAAGACCGUUGCUGUCAAAAUGCUGAAAGGAGGCGCUACAUCAAACGAGCGUAAAGCCCUGAUGUCAGAGUUGAAGAUCCUGAUCCACAUUGGCAACCACCUGAACGUGGUCAACCUGCUGGGAGCCUGCACAAAACCUGGAGGGCCCUUAAUGAUGAUAGUGGAGUUCUGCAAAUACGGCAACCUGUCCAACUACUUGAGAGGGAAGAGGGAUGACUUUCUGGUCUACAAGAGGCCGGAGGGUAAGGUGGUGUCGGCCGGGUCCGGCUGCGAGCUGAGCGAGCUGAUGAAGCGCCGCCUGGAGAGCGUGGCUAGCACAGGAAGCUCGGCGAGCUCUGGCUUCGUCGAAGAUAAGAGCUACUGCGACUCAGAGGAAGAGGAAGAAGAAUCUGAAGAUUUGUACAAGAAAAUUCUGACUUUGGAGGAUUUAAUCUGCUACAGUUUCCAAGUGUCAAAAGGCAUGGAGUUCCUGGCUUCACGAAAGUGCAUUCAUCGAGACUUGGCCGCGCGGAACAUCUUACUGUCUGAGAACAACGUUGUGAAGAUUUGUGACUUCGGGCUUGCCAGGGACAUUUACAAAGACCCGGAUUACGUUCGCAAAGGAGAUGCUAGGCUGCCACUCAAGUGGAUGGCUCCUGAGGCCAUAUUUGACAAGAUCUACACAACUCAGAGUGACGUUUGGUCCUUCGGUGUUCUCAUGUGGGAGAUCUUCUCUCUGGGUGCCUCCCCGUACCCCGGCGUGCAGAUCGAUGAAGAGUUUUGCUGCAGACUAAAAGACGGCGCCAGGAUGAGGGCACCGGAUUACGCUCCAACUGAAAUAUAUCAGACCAUGCUGGACUGCUGGCAGGGCGAGCCGCAGCAACGACCCACUUUCACCGAGCUGGUGGAGCGUCUGGGAGACCUGCUUCAGGCCAGCGUGCAACAGGAGGGCAAACACUACAUCCCCAUCAACACAGCCCUGCUGGUGCAGGUGGGAGAGCCAACCACCGCUGUGGAUACAAGGGAGACGAGCUCACGACCCGUUUCCCUCAGGGAUUCAGGGGGCAACUGGAAUGUCAAGAUCCAUCCUGCUAGCGUUAAAACCUUUGACGAGAUCACCAUGGAGGCCGGGACAAAUAAAAACCAUGAGGGUCAGUCAGACAGCGGGAUGGGCCUUUCCUCUGACAACAUGAAGACUCUGAUGUGCUUCGAAUCCUUGGCAGGGCGACCUCUGAGCAUCAUGGCGCUGGCGAUGAAGACGGUGAGUAAGAGUAAGGAGUCGGAGCUGAAUGACGCAGCCAAGGAGAAGUUCCCGCCCACGCUUACUCGUUUAGACCUCAGUCUGGACGACUCGGCUCUGGAUGACAGCCUGGAGUGUCACAGCCCUCCGCCCGACUACAACUACGUGGUGCGCUACUCCACCCCUCCUGUGUAAGCCCCACCCCCCCGUCUCGGAGAAACAGAGUUUUCUCCUCCAAAGUACUCUGUAGCAUCGUUUGAGAGGAAAACCUGAGACUCCCUCUUCAAGUACUAAAAGAAAUGACUCAAAUCCACUGCGUCCACCGUAAAGUCUACUGCGCCGCCAAAACCAAACUUGUGGACCGUCGAUUCUGUUCCAGUUUUUAAACACUGCCGGUGCGUUUCACCUUCACUGUGAUACAGCCAAAAACAGGCUCAGGUAUUUCUCUGACAUACUGUGAAACAAAAGAUAUUCAUUCCAGCUUCAGCACCGAUUCAAACAACUCGGGAUGAGCAUGAAGAGGAGUAAGGAAGGAAAGGGUUAUUUUUUAUAAAAAGAGUGAUCAGAAAAUCAAAAAGUCAAAACAUUACUUUUGUGAUUUUGUGAGAAAAUAACUCCACAAACUCAGGUUGGUUCAGAGGGUGGAAAGGUUUUUAAAAUCACAUGUGAACGCAGGAAACAGGGUUCGGAUUCACCACUACGCUCUUCCUUUGAAUUUUGCCAUCAAGAAAUGUAAUUUUCUUCAUUUUGUUCGAUUGGUUUGACCUAAUGAGCAACUAAAAUCAAAUUUUUAUAUAUUUCUGUGUACAGAUACAGUUAGAGUAGGAGCAGUUUAUAAAAGAAAGAGCUGCACAAAUUAACUGUGUAUUUACAUAUACUGAUGACACUGCCAUUUAUUUGUCUGUUUUUUUACUCCUGUUUGAAAGUUAACCAAAGGGUUUUUCCCCCCAGUCUUAUAUCUUCAUGUAAAAUCCCAGACUGUUAAUUUUGUCCGUGCUGCUGUAUUCACUGUUAGUUCAAAUGCAGAAAUCUGAAAUGUUGCUGUUCUAGCAAAACUUUCAUUCCUGGAUGAAUUAGCAUUCCUCUACCCUUACAACAACAUGUCAUAUGUUUUUCAGCAGGUAAUAUCUCGAUGUUGACACCUUUUUAUUUGUGAAACAGUGAAAAUCCUUCAGGAAUGCUUGUUUUUAGCGCACACACCAUGCAGGCAAACCGCAACAGUAUUCUUUAAUAAAAGUGAGCUCGUGUUUUUUUUCUUUUCAAAUGUUUUGUUUUGUGUAAAAUGAAUAUGCACUGAUUCUAUCUAACAUUUUGUUUUACAUAUUUUAUUGAGGCAGCGUUUGUGAGUCACGUUUUGCAAAGAUUUCUGAUUAAUGUUUUUAUUCGUAUUUAUCUUUUAUCUAUAUAUAGUAGGAAAUUAACAGUAUUUGUUGUGUUAUGUCCUUUUUGACAUAAUUCUUGAAUUUUGUCAUAAACUCUGAGUUUCACAUAUUUAGGUGAUAGAUUUCAGCCUCUGCUGCCACCUUUUUUUAUUCUGACGAGAAAUGUGGAUUUUAUUUCAUAUUUUAUGAAGCUCUGACUAAAAGUUUCUUCUUCAGAACAAAUAAGGUUGAUGCUUCCUGACACUGUUACCUGAGCGUAUUGAAGUAAAUAAAUAAAUAAAGAUUUAUAUAUUUAUAAGUUUCA